AGCUUUUUUUUUUUUUUUUGUGUACCUACUAUAUCAGGAAGAUUGUUUGUGUCCUCCUUAGUGAAGACGGAUCCAAAGUACCUGUUCAACUCACCUGCCAUUUCCUUGUUCCCCAUAAUAAAUCCACCUUUUUCGGUCUUCAAGGGUCCAACUUUGGUCUUAACUAAUUUUUUCCACUUCACAUACACAAAGAAGCUUUAACUAUCCUGCUUUAUAUUCUUGGCUACCUUACCUUCGUCUUUUCUUCCCGUAUUGUCUUUUUGGUUAUCUUGUGUUGUCCUUUAAACAUUACCCAAUCCUCUUGCUUCCCGCUCGUCUUUGCUACGUUGUCCUUCUUCGCUCCUUUAAUUUUUAUAUUCAUUUCAUUUGGUGAGCCUCCCUGGACUUUUAUGAUUCAUUUAAGGCGAAUAUCUCUGUUAUCUUUGUUUGGAGGCGCACUUGUAUCUCUGGAGCUCUCCUGGUGCGGGCGGGGGGAGUAUUUGUGGGACUGGGAGCUGCUGCGGGAGAGACAUUGUCCGGGGGGAGGAGAUGCGGCGGUCGGGACUCAGCCCCGGUGCCGGAGGAGAGCGGGUGGGGUCGAUGGAGUGGCGGAGCUCCACGCCUUACUGGCGGGGCUAUGAGUCGUCGGAGCCCGUGUCAGCCAGCAACCCGGCCCGUGUCAGCCCCAACCCGGCCCGUGUCAGCCCCAGUCCGGCCCGCGUUAGCCCCAGUCCGGCCCGCAUCAGCCCCAGUCCGGCCCGCAUUAGCCCCAGUCCGGCCCGCAUUAGCCCCAGUCCGGCCCGCAUCAGCCGGCUGCAGGAGAUGCAGCAGCUGCGGGCACUGAAUGACCGCCUGGCCGCCUGCAUCGGGCACAGUUGCGGGCUGGAGACGGAGCGGCGGGAGUUGCGGCGGCGACUGGCCCACAGCGCCGAGCGGGAGGGAACCCGCAGCCUCCUGGAGCAGCAGCUGGCGGACUGGCGGGGACAGCGCGAAGCCGCGGCUGCGGAGCGGGCCCGUAUACAGCUGGAACUGGGCAGCGUGCGGGAGGAGAACCGCCUGCUGCGGGACAGAACUGCAGCAAAGAAGUCUGAGUUGGAAUCUGCUUUAACCCUGUUGAGAGACCGUGAAUUGGCGCUGAAUUACAACAAGACACAGCUAACCACAUCACUGGGUGAGAAGAGGCAUUUGGAGAGUGAACUGCUCGAAGUCCAAGCUCAGCUGGCUAAUGCUAAUGCAAUCGUCCAUGACACCAAAACACAGCUGCAGGAUGAAAUGUUACGGAGAUGUGAGUUGGAAAACAAAACGCAAGCAUUGCAGGUGCAGUUAGAUUUCCAGAAAAGUCUCCACGAGAAGGAAAUGACUGAAGUCAAGAGAAAGCACGAGGUGAGACGUGAAGAAACUGAGAUUGUCCGUCAGGUGGAAAAUGAGAGGCAGCUGAGCGAAGUUCUUCAGAAACUGAGGGGAGAUCAGUCUGAGCAAAUCAAACAGUACAGGGAACAACUGGAGAGAAGCUUCCACACCAAGCUGGAAACUGCGCUGUUGUCUGCAGCCAAGGACAGUGACUUUGCCAGUGCUGCUAAGGAAGAAGCAGCAGAAGCUAAAGUGAGAACCCAGAGCCUGGUGUCUGAGCUCCAGCACUGCAGACGUCAGAUUUCUGAGCUGAAGGCGAGUGUUCAGGACCGGGAGAUGGUGUUGGAUCGUGAGCGGGCCACUUGGCAGCAGAGAAUGGUGGCCAAGGAAGAGGUGAUUGGGGAAAUACGCAAGAAGGCACAGGAGAAACUGGAGGAAUACGAGCAACUGCUCGACGUGAAACUGGCCUUGGACCUGGAAAUUAAUGCUUACAGGAAGAUGCUGGAGGGCGAGGAACAAAGGCUUGACUUGACUCCACGCUCUUUGGUGCAGAGCGUGGUAGCUUUACCGAGCCACGUCUCCACCCCGUGUGGGAAGAAAAGAAAGUUGUUUGAAACGGAGAUUGCUGCCUAUAAUUAUGAAAAAAGGGAACACACACAUUCGAAAGCAAAGGUCAUUUUGGAUGAAAUUGACAAUGAAGGAAAAUUUGUCAAAUUAAGGAAUAUUUCCAAUAAGGAUCAACCAUUAAAAGGGUGGAUAAUAAGGAGAAAAUUUAAAGAUUUGACACAGAUUGUGUACAGAUUCCCUGCACAUUUUACCCUUAAAGCCAAACAAAAUGUGACUAUCUGGGCUGCAAAUCACGAUGGUGCCUCGAGCUCUUCAGUAGACUUGGUGUGUAAGGAACAGAGAUCGUGGGGAAGUGGAGAUGUGAGACUGGUCCUUCUCAACGCCACUGGAGUGGAGAUGUCUACUUGGACUGCCGUGCAAAUGCCUGGAACAUUGGAUGGGAAAUCUAGGGACGAGGGGUCUGAUGGUCCUGUUGAGGGCACAAGUGGACUUGAAUAUAGUGCAACGAGUCAUGCUGGGAAUGAAGACUCGGGGUGCACCAUAAUGUGACGUCAGAGAAGAAUCCUCCAGCAGAUGAACAUAAUAGUGACAAGUUCACUUUAAUGAUUAUUGACUGACUUGGAAUGCUGAAAUAUUCCUUACAGCAGAAAUGCAUUUGAAUUUAAAAACUGCUUAUUACAAGUCGCACUUUAAGUGAAAUAAUCAUAUCAUCAGAUGGUUUUUGUUGAUUCCACGCCCUACAAUGGUAAAUAGCCACUGUUCUUCAUGCACCUUUUGAAAAUGCAUGGACUCAGUAAUUGAAGGUAGACACAAAAUGCUGGAGUAACUCAGCGGGACAGGCAGCAUCUCUGGAGAGAAGGAAUGGGCCGAGACCUUCCCCGAAACGUCACACUUUCCUUCUCUCCAGAGAUGCUGCCUGUCCUGCUGGGUUACUCCAGAAUUUUGUGUCUAUCUUCAGUUUAAAUCAGCAUCUGCAGUUCCUUCCAACAUGACUCAGUAGUUGAGUUAGCUAGGGUGUGAAUAAAAAUGAAGGUUUCACAUUCUACUUAAAAUAAAAUCUAUUUAAUUUAUACUUCAAUUACUAAUUUUGAAGAGGUCUUGUUUAUUUAUGAAGAUAACAGCAGUGUGUUUUGGAUACCUUGAUUUGAAACUUCAUAAAUCCAAUGUUGGUUCAAUUACAUUGAAAACUUGGAAUGGAAUCAACUCUACACCAAUCUAAAUUAUUUCUGAUUAAUAUAAACUGUCAAUCUUUUCAUUUCGAAAACGAGAGAAAUUGAUAUUUCCAAAUAACUCCGCGUCAGUGUGAUGUCCUCUGUAAAGAGCUCACUGCCCCAUGGAAUUUGUUGAAACACUGCAGUUUUCUUUACUUAAUUCAUUUAGGCAUCUGUGUAAAUAAAUAUGAUAUAUGUGUAUUAAAAUGUUAAUUGCUUUGGCAGAAACAUGAUAAACUCUGGAGAAAUUAUGCAGAAACUCUCAACAUUUAAUAGAAGUGUCCUUUAAAAGUGUUGUCCCACUAUUUUACAUUUGUUUCAGAUAUUUAGAAAUUGUUUUAGAUGUGUACAGCUCAUUCGAAGAUAAACACAAAAUGCUGGAGUAACUCAGUGGGUACAUGUAGCAUCUCUGAGACGGGGGAAUUAGGGUCCAGACCCUUCAAUCAGUCUGAAGAAAGGCCUCAACACGAAACGUUACCCAUUCCUUCUAACCAGAGAUGUUGCCUGUCCCGCUGAGUUACUCCAGCAUUUUGUGCCUGUCUUCAGUGCAAACUGGCAUCUGCAAUCCCUUCCAACACAGUCCUGUGCAAUUCAUUCUUUUGUUAAAAUUAUUUAUCUCAUGUUAAAGUCAAGAUUUAUUAAAUUGCGAUUAU